AGUGAAGAAACAGGCCUCGCCGGCUGGCCCGAAUGCUAAGAAGAAGUCCAACGCAAAAGCCAAAGCAUCUGGAAAGAAGAAGGGAAAGCAAGACGAAGGGAAUGGUGAUCUGAAACCGGAGGAGGACAAGGAGAGCGCCGACGUGGGGCAGCCAGAUGGUGAGCAAGUCGAUGUGAACAAGACGUCCGGCCCGAAGCCGAAGAAAGCCGCUGCUGGUAAGAAGAAGAACGCCAAACCCAAGAAGGCUGCUGCAGCUGAAGAUGUCACCGCUGAGGUGGAGGGAGACGUGUCUCGCCUCCUGCACGGUGGUGAAGAACAGGAGCUACCUGCUGGCCAGCCGGACCCGUAGAUGGAGUUGCAUCAUCAGCG